GCAGAAGAAAUAAUGCAUAUUAAAGGACUAUAUUUAACAUUUCAAACACUAUCACUUUAUGCAUCAUGGGUCUAACACAGAAUGUGCUUUUCUUCAUUUUUUUUCAAGGUCUAAACAAAGGUGCAUACAGCCAGCAAUGGAGAUUUUUUUUCCCUUCUGUUAUAGAAGCAUUAGAAGGAUCCUGUGUGGAGAUUCCCUGCACAUUUACUCAUCCUACUAUUCCUAUAAAGCCCAGUGUGGUGUGGUAUAUGUAUGACAGAUAUAAAUAUAUAGAGAUUUUCAACAGCAAAGAUUCCUCAGCAGUGCUAAGAAACUAUAGGAGUCGUACAUCUCUUGUGACAAAGACAAGAACCAGCUGUACCCUGAGAAUAGACAAAGUGACACAAGAUGACAAGGACUACUAUUAUCCAGGAAUAGCAGAACACGUACAGAUAAAUGCUUUUGACACUCAGAGAAUAUAUCUUCAACUUCAAGUAAUAGAUUCACCAAAUAAGCCAAAACUUCAAGGGUCAAAUGUUAUGACUGAAGGAAAGCAAGUUGUUAUUAGUUGCAUCGUAGAACAUACAUGUGGUUCCAGUCCUCCGUCUCUGCAGUGGAACAUGGAAGGUCAUUCGGUAAAGCAAACUGAAGAACCGUUUAAAGAAGGAAUUUGGAGAUCAGUUUCAGAACUAACAUAUUUACCUUCAUAUGAAGACGAUAGAAAACAAAUAGAAUGCACAGCGACCUAUCCUAACAAACAGAAAACUUCUGGAGCAGCCAUACUGAAUAUUGAAUACCCACCAAAGGAUACAAAAGUUAUUAUUACUGAAAAAGAACUAAAAGAGGGAGAUGAGGUGACAUUAUCAUGUUCCAGCAAAUCCAAGACUGACAUACAUGCCUAUGAAUGGCACAGGGGAAAAGAAGAGAUUACGUUAUUUGCCCAAACAAAGCAAAUUAUAGUGAAGAAUGUGAGCUGGAUCAGUGAAACCUACACUUGCUCUGCAGUGAAUAGCGUUGGAAAAGGAGUUUCAGAUCUGACAGAGAUACCUGUUCAAUAUUCCCCCAAAGAAGUACUGCUUAGUAAACUUCAUGAGACAGAAGAAUUUACUGAUCUCAAGUGUGAGUUUUUGAGCAGCAGACCAAAUGUAACUCACUACACAUGGCUUAGAAAUGAGGAUUCCUUGAUAAACCAAACCCAGCAAGUCCUGAGAGUUGAAAUGUCUGGCCGGUAUAGCUGUAGUGCUCACAAUAAGAUUGGAAAUACAACUUCUUCAGAAGUCUUGAUUGUUGUCAAAGGGGAAGAAAACAGAGCCUCUGAAGUUACUGAUUUACCUGUGAUUUUGGGAUGCCUAGCUGCUGGCAUAGCUUUGAUACUAGCAAUUCUAGUUAUUUUCUUUUAUAUAAGAAUGAAGAACAAGUCAGAUUCUCCAUCUUCACCAAUACAUGGAGUCAUUAAUAAAAGGAUGACUAAUGAACCUUUGAACAAUGAAGAAUAUGCAUCAAUAGAUGGUCAUAUAUAUGGAAACCUACAGGAUGAGAAAUCUUCAAAACCCAAUUCAAGUUAUUCAAAUGGAAAACAGUAUUAUCUCAGUGAAGAGGACAUGAUAUAUAGCAAUGCACAGUAUGUAGAUCCUGAAGACGUUCAAUAUUCAGCAAUCCAGCAUAACCAACAUAUCCAUCCUAAACGCUCCACAGUUUUGCUACAUAAGGACGACAUAGACUACGCAGUUGUGAUACAAAACAACAAAUAAAACAUUUGCAACUGUCUUUUCUUUUUUAGAAAGAUAGCCUUUGAAACCCCAGGAAUAUAUUGUUGUAUUAUAAUAUUCUGCCAUGUUAAUGAAGACUAUAGUUUCAGAAAUAUAUAGGGGGCGCCUUCAUGUAUCUCAAACUAGACUUAACACCCUAUAAAUAAGAAUAAGUAACAGUAAAAAGUCAUCCUGAUGUAAAGAUAAAUGACAAUGAGGUAUAAGUAUUUUUGUUUGCUAUCUACAGAAGGACUAUAAUAUUUUAAACACUAAAAAUAUAAUCUAUAUUUGGGCCACAGAUAAAAAACUAAAACAAGAUCAGCAUAUUUUUGCAGCAUAUAGUGGUGGGUCUAGGAGGAUGCAGCCAUACCAGCCUAUGGCUCUCAGUGGUGUCUCA